AUGACACAAAUCAUGUUUGAGACAUUCAACACCCCUGCUAUGUAUGUUGCCAUCCAAGCUGUACUUUCAUUGUAUGCUUCUGGUCGUACCACUGGUAUCGUCUUGGAUUCUGGUGAUGGUGUAUCUCACACUGUCCCAAUCUAUGAAGGUUACGCUUUACCUCAUGCCAUCCUUCGUCUCGAUCUUGCUGGCCGUGAUCUCACUGACUACCUUAUGAAAAUCUUAACCAAACGUGGUUACAGUUUCACCACCACUGCUGAACGAGAAAUUGUUCGUGAUAUCAAGGAGAAAUUGUGCUAUGUUGCUUUGGACUACUUUCUUGUUCGAAUUCCAGGUAACAUAGCACAAUUUCUCCAUUGCAGUAUCCACGAGACUACAUACAACUCCAUCAUGAAGUGCUAUGUAGGUAUCCGUAAGGAAUUGUACGCCAACACUGUAUUGUCUGGAGGUACCACCAUGUUCCCUGGUAUUGCCGACAGAAUGCGGAAAGAAAUUACUGCUUUGGCCCCAUCUACAAUGAAAAUCAAGAUAAUUGCUCCACCUGAGCGAAAAUACUCCGUAUGGAUUGGAGGAUCCAUCUUGGCUUCUCUGCCUACCUUCCUGAUGUGGAUCUCCAAACAGGAGUACGACGAAUCAGGCCCAUCCAUUGUGCACAGAGCACUCUUCUAA